CUAAAAAGAAUAACCGAGUUACUUGUCGGUUCACGGUAAGAUUCUUUUGAUGCUGCCCUUCUAAAACCCUCACGGCCUCCCUCUUUUAUUGGACAAACCCUAACGCCGCGGCCAAAGAGAUUGGACACUGUUGAGAGAUAUAGAGUUGAUCAGAUUCAGAAACACCUAGCAAAAAAAAUGGCGAAGUCUAUGAGAUCGAAGAGAGAGAAGAGGCUGAGAGCAAUAAGGAGAGAGAUUGUGGAACCCUUGUACGAGAAGAAGGAAGCCGCAAAGCUUGCCGCUCAAGAAGCCGCCCUCGCCGCUCCCAAACUACCCGUACGUCAUCACAGCAACGCCACCACCGCCAUGGAAUUGACCGCCACCACCUCCUCCGCCACCAAUACGAAUAUGGAUGUGGAGAUGGAUGAGGACAAUCAGUACACGGGGUCCUUGAAACCUGUUGGCAAAAUAGGGAAGAAGUUGAGAAAGAAAUUUAAGAUGGGUAAAGGGAAGCGUCAUGGCAAGGGCAAGAUCAGGAGGAAGCACAUUUAACUGUGUAUAACUGGCAAUGGUAAUGAUUUCUCCUUUGCACAACUGGCAUCGGCAUCACUGGCUUCAAUGUUGCAUUGUCUGCAAUGUUCUACGUGGUGAGAGCAGCGGUUUAUUGGUUAUGAUAUUAGCAUCUUUCUUUUAAAAUUUUCUUUUUUCUUUAAAUAGUUGAGAUAUGAAUAUUGGAACAGAGUUGUCAUUGUCACUAAAUGCUAAUUAGUAGACUUUAUAAGUAGAAACUUGUUUAUUUGAGUGAAGGUCGUUUUUGCUAUAUUCAUGAACAAAUUAGUAUUUUGUCUUGCUUAUUGAUUGAUAAUCAUUGUUCAUUUUGAUUA